AUGAAGUUCCUUUUUUUCAAAAUAUGUUAUUUUCUUGUUUUUUGUGUAAGUUUUUGUUAUGCCAUAAGUAUACCUCCUAAUAAGUCUAUUCCAGCAUUGUUUGUUUUUGGAGACUCUAUUGUUGAUACUGGUAACAAUAAUGGCCUUAAAACUAUAGCUAAGGUUAAUUAUCCUCCUUAUGGUAAAGAUUUCAUGGGAGGAAUACCAACUGGAAGGUUUUCUAAUGGCAAAGUCCCUUCAGAUUUCCUUGUGGAAGAAUUGGGAAUAAAAGAUCUUUUACCAGCAUUUCUUGAUCCAACUUUACAAGCAGAAGACCUCAUCACAGGAGUUAAUUUUGCUUCAGGAGGUGCAGGAUAUGAUCCUCUAACAUCCGAAAUCGCGAAAGUCAUCUCAUUGGAUGGCCAAGUGACAUUAUUCAAAGAGUACAUAGUAAAGCUAACAGAGUUAGUUGGAGAAGAUAGAAAGAAUGAAAUCUUGGCAAAUAGUUUAUUCAUGUUGGUCACAGGAGCCAAUGACAUUACCAACACUUAUUUCGGUACGCCUCUUCGAAAAUCUUACUAUGAUGUUCCAUCAUACGCUGAUCUCUUGGUCAACUUUGCUUGCAGUUUUGUACAGGAUUUAUACGGUCUAGGGGCACGUCGUAUUGGUAUAUUUGGCAUACCACCAAUCGGAUGUUUGCCUUCGCAGAGAACACUGAAAGGAGGAGAAGCAAGACAAUGUGUUGAUAACUUGAACCAAGCAGCACAAUUGUUCAACAUCAAGUUGGAAGCUUACUCAAAUUCUCAGGGAAACAAGUUACCUAAUUCAAGAUUGGUGUAUGUAGAUACAUACAAUGUUCUGCUUGAUGUCAUCGACAACCCUCAACGAUAUGGAUUCAAAAUUUCAGACAAGGGAUGCUGCGGGACGGGGAAAAUAGAAGUUGCAGAGUUAUGCACAUAUACAUGUUCCAGUGAUUCUGAUUAUAUUUUUUGGGAUAGUUUUCAUCUUACAGAGAAAGCAUACAGACUUUUAGUUCAUCAGAUUCUUGUCCAACAUACUUUUCUAGUGUUGUCAAGCAUUUGUUAUGCACUUCUACUGUGCAAUGUCCAGGCAGACAUGAAUGUACCACGUAAUAAGUCUAUUCCAGCAGUGAUAGUUUUUGGAGACUCCAUUGUUGAUACCGGUAACAAUAAUGGCCUUACAACCAUAGGGAAGGUUAACUAUCCUCCUUAUGGGAAGGAUUUCAUGGGAGGAAAACCAACUGGAAGAUUCUCAAAUGGAAAAGUUCCUCCAGAUUUGAUUGUGGAAGAAUUGGGAAUAAAAGAGCUUUUACCGGCGUAUCUUGAUCCAACUUUACAAGCAGAAGACCUCAUCACAGGAGUUAAUUUGGCUUCAGGAGGUGCAGGAUAUGAUCCUCUAACAUCUGUAAAUGCAGAAUGUUAUAUCAUGUCCGGUCAGUUGGAAAUGUUCAAAGAGUACAUAGUAAAGCUCAAAGAGAUAGUUGGAGAAAAUAGAAAGAAUAAAAUCUUGGCAAACAGCUUAUACAUAUUGGUCAUAGGUAGCAAUGACAUUACAAACACAUACUUCAGUACGCCUCUUCGAAAAUCCUACUAUGAUAUUUCAUCAUAUGCUGAUUUUUUGCUCAACUAUGGUUCUAGUUUUUUAAAGGAUUUACACGAGUUAGGGGCACGCCGGAUUGGUGUUUUUGGCAUACCACCAAUCGGAUGUUUGCCAUCGCAAAGAACACUGAAAGGAGGAGAAGAAAGACAAUGUGUUGAUUAUUUGAACCAGGCAGCACUAUUGUUCAACAGCAAGUUGGCAGCCGACUUAAGUUCUCUGGGAAACAAGUUACCUAAUUCGAGAUUAGUAUAUGUUGAUAUAUACAAUCUUCCACUUGAUGUCAUCAACAACCCUCAAAAAUAUGGAUUCAAGAUUGCAGACAAAGGAUGCUGCGGGACAGGGCAAAUAGAAGUUGCAGAGUUAUGCAGAUUCGCGUGUUCCAGUGAUUCAGAUUAUGUCUUUUGGGAUAGUUUUCAUCUUACAGAAAAAGCAUACAGGCUUUUAGUUCAUAAAAUUCUUGUCCAACAUUUAAGUAGCUUCUUCUGAUAAAUUUACACUCCAACAUGGUGUGUUUAAGACCACAAGAUUAAAGCACAUUU